AGAGAUGUGUUACUGACUGUGCAUAUUGUAUGACUGUGGUGUAUGGCGACCAAGCGAAAGUUCACCCCAGGAAACGCUGACACAUCCAACCGAGACAGUUUACCGUGACAGCGUUUAACAAAGUAAAAGGAGUUGAAAAGUAAAGUGCAGUAGACGCUCUCCUUUCACCUGAGGGUUCUCGAGUUGUGGAUUCGUURGCCCAUCUUGAUUGAAGAUGCCCCAUAAUUCUCGACCUCCCCAACCUCAAAGCGCUGGUUUUUCCUUUGAGAACACUCGCAGGAAUGCUGUGUUGGAGGGGAAUUUGUCAGAGCUUGGUUACAGUUCUCCUAAGGCAAGGAAGACUGGAACCACCAUCGCUGGCAUAGUAUUCAAGGAUGGGGUGAUACUUGGAGCUGACACAAGAGCCACUGAUGACAUGGUGGUAGCUGACAAGAAUUGCAUGAAGAUCCACUACAUUGCACCCAACAUCUACUGUUGUGGAGCAGGUGUGGCUGCAGAUGCAGAAGUCACCACUCAGAUGAUGUCAUCCAAUGUGGAGCUGCACUCACUAAGCACAGGACGCCCUCCCCUUGUUGUCACGGUUACCCGACAACUGAAACAGAUGCUCUUCAGGUACCAGGGACAUAUUGGCGCCUCUCUGAUUGUUGGAGGUGUGGAUGUGACUGGCGCUCACCUCUACAGUGUCUACCCACACGGCUCCUAUGACAAACUACCAUUCCUUACUAUGGGUUCAGGAGCAGGUGCAGCUAUUUCUAUCUUUGAAGACAGAUACAGACCAAACAUGGAGCUAGAUGAGGCUAAAAAGCUGGUGCGGGAUGCCAUUGRGGCUGGMAUUUUCUGUGACUUGGGCUCUGGCAGUAACGUGGACCUGUGUGUCAUCACUCAGGCAGGGGUUCAGUACCUUAGGGGCUAUGACCAACCUGCCCAGAAGGGGAAAAAAGAAGGACAGUACAAGUACAAGCCUGGCACCACUGCAGUUUUAACAAAGACGGUCACACCCCUGCCUCUGAACGUCGUUGAUGAAUCAAUUCAYCUUAUGGACACUCAGUAAAAUGUAUGCUGCUGCAGGCAUUAUCAAACCCACAUGAAUUCCAAAACUCAUUAGUAAAAWUACUUACUACCAAAAUACAA